AUGCUUCGAAGACAGGCCCGAGAGCGGCGGGAAUACCUCUACCGCAAGUCGCUUGAGCUCCAGGAGACUACUCUUAGGGAAAAGCGUCAACAACUUAAAGCGGCCCUCGCUCUGGGUAAACCGCUCCUGAAAGAACUCGCCGAAGACGAACAAUUACGCAAAGAUUUCGUCUAUGACGAGUCGGAACAAGUGCAAAUUGAUGACGAAUACGCGGCGUUACUGGGGAUCAACGACCCUAAGGUGAUCAUCACCACUUCUCGUGACCCGCUGACGAAAUUACUCCAAUUUGCCAAAGAGAUGAGGUUGAUGAUCCCUAACUCAAUUAAGCUUAACCGGGGUAAUUACGUCAUUCCCGACCUUGUCGCCACUUGUGGCCGGGUCCAAGUGAACGAUUUAAUCGUAUUACACGAACACCGGGGGGUACCGACGCUGAUUUCGUUAUCUCAUUUCCCUCACGGUCCCUCGGUCACUUUCACUCUCCACAACGUCAAAUUGAGACACGAUUUGCCCCAGCUUGGUAACAUUCUGGAAGCUUACCCGCAUUUGAUUUUCGAAGGGUUUUCCACCACUUUGGGUAAGCGGGUGGUGCAAGUGCUUAAACACUUAUUCCCUCCCCGCUCGCCUCAGGCUAAAGAUGAAGGCACCAGAGUGAUUCUGUUUAUUAAUAAUGACGACUUUAUCAGUGUCCGUCACCACGUCUACGUCCGCACUAAAGCCGGGGUGGAAUUGCUGGAGAUUGGCCCGCGAUUCGAAAUGCGGUUAUACGAGAUCCGCUUGGGGAUGAUGGACAACAAGGACGCCGACGUCGAGUGGCAGUUGAGACGUUUCAUCCGCACGGCUAACCGCAAGAACUACCUUUAG